AUGGUGCGCGCAGGUUCACGAGCCCCCUCGGUGGGGCAGAGUUCCGUGUCAAAGAUCCGCGACCGACGCAACAAGAAGUCCUACAAGGUCCAACUCGAAUCCGUCGUGACUAGGAAGAAAAAGCUCAAACUUCUCGACAUUCAAGGCUCCGCACAACCCAAAGAAGGCUACACAUUCCUUCCUGUUGGCUACGCCGAUCUGGCCGAGCGUUGUAAAGAGAAAUCAAGACAACUAGGCGUCGAUGUGGCUGUUGUCUCCGCUGGCACAAGACGCUCGGGUCCCGCCGAUCCCCUGAAGCUCACCCACCAUGUACAUCGUGUUGGCUAUCAUUUUCGCUCCGACAUCUUCGAUCAGGCCUGCAACUUCUUGGGCUACAGGGAAGUCAAUGGCAAGUUGAUCCGUGAUACCGGUUUUGACACAACUUCUCGCUUCGAACGGACAGUUGCGCGCUUCGCCCCUCGCAUCGAUCUCAACGUCAACACUCGAUCCUCCGAGCAAAGCACGAAAGUCAAAGAAUACAUCCGCGAGCUGUUUCCAAAGAUUCCUGAAGCAGACCUCGAGGAAAUCUACAAGCGCGCAUGGGAGCAGGGUACUACAACUGUAGGUAAUGCGUCUGAUCUGUCACUUUCUAGGCAGGUCCAACUGGCCACGAUUGCUCGCAUCAGACACACCUAUACCGACUACGACAAACUACUCAAGAUAGUCUCUUGGAAGGAAGCUCGACAGAUCGUAGAACCAAUCUCCCUCACAAAGCUGAUCGAAUGGCGCGGAGAACAUGACAACGACACCGAAGACUUCGAAGAAAUUCUCAGAGAGACCAUUGUUAUCGACGAUGACGAUGAGCUGGAAGAUGCUCACAGCGAUACUGACAGUAACGUCGCUGCUUCUGGAGAUGAUGGUAGCGACACUAGCCUGGAAAUCUUACAGCAGACGAUAGCUCCCAAGGAUCUCAACGUUGCAGUUGGCGAAAGAGCACGCAAUGUCGUUGCCUCUGUUGGACGUGCAGCAGGUAGAGCGUUGCCUGCCGCCAUCCAGACCCGCUGGCGCGAUGCACGCAUGCGGCACCAAGCCAUCAUGCCUCCCAGUCAAGGUGGUCAAAUUUCUGUUCCUCUUGAUCAACGAGGUAAUGUUCCGCGCAAGGUCGUCUCAGCAGGAGUCGAGUAUGUGAGGAUUUCGUCGAGCCCAGAGCCAGGAAAGGGACAACAUCCGCACCGCAGCAUGCCUGGUGCAUGGCCAACUGUCGACGACGCACUAGUGUCUGAACAACGUCGCGGUCCACCAGUUCAUGGUCACCAUGCUAAUCAAGGGCUCGGAUCCUCAAGUGCACCACAGUACACUAGCGUGGAUCGUACCUCGAACGAUGUGCCUAGGUGGGACCGAAUCGAGAGACGACCUAUGUACCCAACCAUAGGGACGCCAUUUGUCGAUCUGACAUCACCUUCCACAGCAGCGAGAGGAGGGUAUGGCGAUAGAAUCUCCUACGCAGGACCACCUGAAUUCGGUUAUCGUCCUCACGAGCCAGCCGCGCGUGUUGCCGUCACUCCGAGAGGUGUACCGCAUCGCAACGUGUACAGGCCAGGUAUGUUCAACGAUGAUGUGACCAUUGCCGGAGCACAGGCUGGGCCCAAGGGUCGCCAUCAGCUGUACAAUUACGGUGAAACUCGUGAUCGGGUUGAGGUGCUCAAGCCGGAGGAUUAUCCCAUUCCUUCUCGCGAGAUCCCUUACCCUGCUUUGGAUCCUCAUCACGAGAGAAGUGAAGUGAAUGUGAGGGCUCCCCUGGGAAUCAACGUGCAGACAAGACCUUUACAGCGUCAGCCUGAGUACGGUCAGCCGGCGUACCCUCAGAUGAGGUCGCAGACAGUCGCAAUGCAGGUGGUGCCUCGUCCGGUUCAUGGAGCGCCAGCUGCUGUGCAGCCAAUGCCGCCUCAUGAGAGAGGCCCGUCUGUGGGUCAAGCAGCAUCCUCUUUUGGCGCUCCUUCUCCUCAGAGGUACUUUACGGGAAGCAGUCAUCAGCCUUACUACGUGCCAGACAGAUGA